UAAUUUACUCACAAUUGCAAUUAUAUAGUAUUAUCAUCAGUGACUAUCCACUUCCCUACAUAAGCUUUUGGAAGAAGGAACACAACGACAUGGACUCCACUGUGAGGGUGGUCGUAAUCUUGCUCGUGGCCGGUUCACUACUUGGCAUCCUGCGACCAACACAAGGUUUAGGGGAAACCCUAGGUCCUAGUGCUGGUAAGCGAGGCGGCACUACUGUUUUUUUCGAAUUCUCAGCAUUGAGGCCGACACGCCACCGGUAUGACCUGAAACAAGGAGCCAGAGACAGACCUGUUCCGGUGUCGGCCUUGGGCUCUCCCCGCCGGCACCACGGACGGUACCUCUACCAACCACCCCUGCCUGUCAACGUUCCAAACAACCAGCUGUCUAUUUGCAAAUGGAGGUAUGAAGACAACGUCCAACCCGACCGUUUCCCGUCGACUCUGAAGGUAGCUGUGAAGGAGUACACGGGUUCCCGGUGCCACGACCCUGCCACUGGGGCGCCUCGGGCCGACCUCGCCUGCCUCCCGAUCGACUACCAGCUGAACGUCCUGCGGAGAAACAGCGAGGGCGAGUGGCAGGAGUCGGUGGAGUACGUGACUAUCGGCUUCACGUGUGCCGGAUCGAACACACGCUAGAACCUGUACAAGUGGUGUCUGUCCAUUAUAGGUCUUUACAUAUAGUUUGAAAUAAAAUGGGGCGGUUUUGAACCUGAAAUUGUGUUGCUUCACCUUCUUUGGUUUUAAUUUGGGUCGGAAUAAAACAUAGUAAAAAAAACAACACUACUACUAAGCUACUUCAACCAUAUCAUCACUUUAAAACAGCAAUGGCUACAAAAAACAGAGACGGAAGUAAAGAUUAGAGGGAUGAGAUCAGGAAAUAGUUGCCACGGGGGGAACAUCUCUCCAACAUAUAAUUGUGUAGAAUUUUAUAGACUGAUUACAUAAAUGUUUCCCUACUUCAUACACCUAAAUUAUACAUAUUCACAAUGAUAUAAGACAUUCUAAAACCAUCACAGAGGACCAAGGAGAAGUCUAAUUUAUUCAAUAGACUAUAGUGCUAACUUGGUUAUGUAUACAUGUAUGCAUAAGUGCAUGAAUGCAAAUUACAUGUAUUCAUUUGUUGUGACCUGUACUUAAAUUAAGGUAAUUUUGUUUAUUCAUAUACAUGUAUAGUUCCAGAAACUCUUCCAGGAACACCCCUGAGCCUAAUCAUCUUAUAUUAUAUCCAAAUUUCUCACCACAAUGACAUAGACAAUUGAUACAGGCAUGUUGAUACAAUUACAGAUAUUUUGACAUUCCCACACAGAAAUGUAUGUUUGGUCUCCUUUGUCAUGUUAUUAAAAACCAUAAAACUAUUGUGUUCAGAUACAGGCUACUCUUGUCUUCUGACUCAUUCACAGCUACUGAUGAAACAAAGCAGAUGCUAUCUGAAAUGUCUGAAUGUACAGAGAAUUCAUCCUGUGGUUUGAUUUAUUUUGCACUACACAGGUACAAAGCUAUCAGUUGGAGAAGACAUGUAUUUUGAUACCAUACAUUAUUGCAUUUUUAAAAGCACUGGGUAGAGAACAGAUAGACUCAAUUGAAAUGUUCUUGCUUAAAAACACUAACUGUACUUCCUGAACAUCACAACUUGGAAGAUGCAGCAAGCUUGGGGAUGACGUCAUUCCACAGGGCCAUCCUUUCUGUCUUCAGCCCUACGUCAGCAGAUGACGUCACAUCCAGCUUCAUGUAGGCGGGGUUGUCAGGUGUGUACUGGGGCCACUCUGGUACCAUGGGGCUGUCAGCUGGGCCGCCGGUACCGUCAGAUG